UGUACUGUUUCUUUAUUCACUAUAUAUCACAGAGAAAUACUUUCAGAGGGCAAAAGUCAUUGGAAAGCAGUAAACGUGUCGAGGCAUGAAACAAGUUAUGAUCUUCAUCUUGGAUGCCAAAAGGAGCAUGAAAUAGCUGUAACAGCCUGGAACUCUUCAGCAGAGACUCCACUCACAGCAAUAUUAAAGCACGGCCGGUUUUGGAGAGUGAGAACGUUUGGAGGUGAGAACACUGAAUAAUUUUCAGUAAAAAAUUUCGCAAAAAUUAAAAGUUUGUCAAUGAAAUAUCAUGUCAACUAGUAUUUCAACAGUUCAUUGGCUUCGUUUGAUUUCCUAGCUUAGUCUUCAAAGGCUACAUUUAAUGGGAUACACGUUAUUUAGUUGUUAACCGUACACAACAAGAGUAGACAGUUUUGCUUCUUACAACGUUGUACAUGGUUUGGCGAAGCAAGCCGGUGAAAUUCGAAAUUCGAGACCGCAAGAAAACGUAUAAGCGGUUUCCCUUAACGAUAGAGAACUUAUCUUUCAGUCUGAACGCAACGAUCAUUCGCAUGACCUGACGCUGACUUGUGAUUGCUUCUUGCUUGUGAUUGGUUCUUUUGAGUACAUGUUGUUAAUCUAAAAUGUUUUGACCAUGAUGUCAAUCAUUGUUGUUCAAACUUCAAACUCCAUAACGUCGAAUUCGCCGUAGCUUCCUGUAAAACUUAUCAUUUUAGCAACAGUCACAUAAAAACAAAGUACACAUGCUGACUUGUGUUUACUAUCACUCUUACUGACGUGCUUCUACUUCUCUCUAAGAGACAGUCACGAAACAUUCUAUUUUGUGACAAGUGGCUAAAGGGGGAAAAAACCUUCCGAGAUUCCGGCUUCGGUUAAACGAGAACUAACCACUGACGUGUUUUGUUGUAGAUCGUGGGAUUAUUUUCUGUUACUCAAAAUUUCAUACACGUGUUACAAUGAUGUUUUCUUGACUCCUAUAUAUCACGUAGCAACUGAUUCCACACUGUUAACUUGACGCUGAAUAGAUCAAGUUCCAACAGUAAUGAUUUAAUUCAAGGUCAAGCAAUUUGGGCACAGUUACGAGAACCUAAAAGAAUCCCUUGCUUUCAGAAAUGAAAGUGAAAGAAAAUGAAAGUCAGUUGCGGAUGCACAUUCCGUUUUAUGAAUUAUUUGUCGUUAUUGCUUCAGGUAAACCGUCUCCUCCGAUUAUAAAAAGCAAAGCAAAGAAGUUCAGAUGUCUGGAUGUGAUGUGAACCUCAAGUGGAGUUCUCCACAAGACAACGACUGUCCGCUUACCAUGUAUACAAUAUAUUACAGAGAGGUGCAAUCUUUAGGUGAAGAUGAGUACUGGCAUCACAUCAACGUUACCAUGGACUCUACUUCAACGAGUCUCACGUCGCUCAAUUGUAACUCUGAGUACACUUUUAAAGUGACUGCUUGGAAUGAACUGGGAGAAAGUAACACCUCAAAAGAAUGGCGUAUAAAAACUGGUCAGGUCACUGACAUUUCUCGCGGACGAACCCUCAGCAUUGCUGUAUUUGUAGGAUGUGGGCUAUUUAUUCUCUUAACUGUUGGAAUCCUUUGCUUCAUGAUCAGACAAAGGAGAAAAAAAAGGAAAAUUCGAGGCCACAAAGCAAGAAGGUUGGAAAACGUUUUAUUCUAGAAAUGUGUUAGCUAACCCAAUCCCAAAUGUAAAAUGCUGUUAAUUGUCAUAUUCCAGAGAACUUCUGCCUCCGUGAGUGAAUGUCUUUCCCUCGUAUCAUCUUAUUUAAGGAAUUCGUAGAGGCUAAAUGCGAUCGAAAUCGUUUACAUACGUUUAUUAACAUGUAUUUGAUAAUACCCCUUCCCCCCUAACAAACUAAAUAUCCCUCAAUGCUUCGCAUACGAGUAUGUGUGAAAUCUUGAUGAACAAAAGAGAAAAGACUCUUCAAUGUUUUAUUAGAUCGAUGUCAGACAUCGUUCCCCUGCUGUUAAAAGAGAUUCCCCCGGAACGUGUAACCAUUAUGGAAGAGCUGGGUCGAGGCGCCUUUGGUAAAGUACACAAAGGAAUCUUAAAAGAAAUGCCGAAGGUUGAAGUGUUUUUCAAGCCCAAAGAAGAAAGAGAGGAUCAUAUUAAAGAAGGAAGAGUUGUCGCCGUAAAACUCUUACAUGGUAAGGAAUCACUGCACGAUAUAUUCCCUUUUUCGGUUAUGCGAGCCUUUUGAAGAAAUCACGAUGAAAAGGUUAGUGACUCAGAACUUCACAGUUAUAGGAUCUAUUUUAUUCAAUCCUUUUCUUGGGGCAAGAAAACUGGAAGACGAUAAAAUUACCGAACGUUAUUCUGUCAAACACGUCGAGUACCGACCGUAAUCACUGAUGAAAUACACUUUCACACGGCUGAUCACGAGAAACCAGUCUCUAAAAGUAUGGCAGCUUUUUCUCUACACUUGCUGGGCUUUAUCCUCGUGGAUCUUCCGUAUUUCAACAUUCCUCUGUUUGGAAAGGUGUUUUCUUCGGAUGCUUUCGAUGACUGUGAUCGUCGUGACCGUUCAGACCAAAUUACACAGAAUGAUCCGUCCGUCAAUGACUUAAAUUCUACUUCCCAACCGGUCAUUCGAAAAGGAUGUAUCUUGCCAAAAUCAUUGUAGGAGGGUUUACGAAAAUUGAGACGAGUGUGUGAGUCGCCAGUUGUUGUGAAAUAAUUUACAACGGUAACCCUCCCGUCACUGUCAUAUCAUUCUGAUCAACGUACUGAAAUGUUUGUGAACAUGCAUCACUCCAUCGUCAUUUAGCGAAUAUAAGCUUUAUUUAGUUAAAUCGAGGACUAAGAUUUGCUGUGUUUUAUCAUAUUCCGCUUUCAGAAAGAGCUGGUGAGGAAGGGCAAGAGCAGUUUGUCAGAGAAAUCUCGUUUAUGCAGCGAGUUGGUACUCACAGCAAUGUGCUAAGUAUGAUUGGUUACUGGGACAGAUCAGAGCCAAUCAUGCUAAUCCUGGAAUAUGUUCCACAUGGAGAUCUUCUGCAGUGGCUGAGGAACAAAAGGCAACAGGUAAAAAUUUUUUGCACCGUCAAAACCAGGGUGCACUGGAAAGAUCACUGAUCCAUUGCUAAACACAAUUACCGUCCGAAAAAAGUCGGAAAGAUGAUCUAAAUCAUAAUUCUUCUUGAGAUACCAAGUACAAACACUACUUGGGUUGUGAGCGGAUGCUGAUGAUACAUUUUACUGUUUUUGUCCGUUAACAGAAUUUCCAAAACGCUUUUACAACUUGGUGCCUUGGAAUUUAGAUGGGUCUAACAAUUCAAAAUGGUUUAACAUAUUUUUUCAACUGUUUUGUUCUCGAUAAGUGGAAUUGGUCCAACAUCAUCUUUCAUUAAUUUCAGGUAAAAUGUAAAAACGGCAUUGAUGGUGUUGUUUUUGAAUCUGUGGACGAUUUAUCAGACAGUAGUGCGAGUUCAAAUGGAGCUGCCUCAACUGGUAAGUCAGAGGACGAAGGCUUUCACGAUAGUGGAGAGAAACUCACGACUGUGCAGGAAUUCAAGGAAGUCUCCGAAAAACAAGACGUCCGCGUCACGUCGGAGGUUCUAAUGACUCUGGUAGAACAGCCAUUUACAGACGAUAAAAGGAAUGACACUGAAGUACUUGGCAUCAAAACUCCCCAAACUGAUUUUCCAUCUGGCCUCGAAGGAGAGAAAAAUUCACAGAGCCAACAGUCCAAUGGACUGAAUCACAUGGAUGUCACUUUGCCCACUGAAAGUGCAAACACUGCAUUGCCCUCUGUAAGUGCAAACACCGGUUUGGAAGAUUUUAACCCUGAUGUUCGGCCCAGUAGUGGAAGCGGAGACGAUUUGAACAUCAAGAAGACAGAGGAUGAAAACGGAAAUGAAGAUAAAGGGAGAGAGGGAAUGAAAUCAUCGAUUGAUGAAGAAGGAACUAUCGGCAUUUCAUUUGAAAGUGCCCGUUCCUUGCCGCAGCCCCAGGAGAACAUGGAGCGACAACAAGAAACAAGUGAAGCUGGUGAGAAGGCAGUUGACUUCACUGUUCAAGAUGUACUUUGUUUUGCAUGGCAGAUAGCAAGAGGAAUGGUAGGUAAUUGAACUAAGUGAAAUAAAUUUUACGAUCAGACACUUUUCAGGAGUGUAGGAAUGACCGUGCUUCCCUAUUAUCCCAGAUUCGAGGAAAAAUUCUUUGAUAUAAACCGGGGCAAAAUCAAAAAAAUUUAGCUAAACGUUUGAUUCUUGAUACUCAAACAAUUCUAUUCUAAACACUGGAAAUAACGUUAAAACCAGCAGCUCUCUUAUCGCAAAAUCAUCAAAAAAUUAGUUAACCAUGCCGUCGUAACAAUCUAUUUACUUUGUUCAGCAAUUUUAACCUUAUACAACCGGUUUUAUUCAGACAGCAAGAACUGAGCUACCAUAAGUUUACUGAUGUUCUCCUUUUCCGCAAUGGGAAACCAUAAAAGAAAAGAAAGGAUAGACGGCACAUGGUUUGUAAGUACUUUAUGUGUUUCGGUUUCUUUUUUGAAUAGGAGUACUUAGCAAGUAAGGGAUUUGUUCACCGCGAUCUGGCCGCGCGUAACAUCCUUAUUGGUGAAGACAGAGCUGUAAAGAUUGCUGACUUUGGCCUGUUACGUCACACGUAUGGAGAUAUUUAUGAAGUAAAGAACACGAGGAAACUUCCAAUCAAAUGGAUGGCGCCUGAGUCACUAGACAGUGGCGUAUACACUUCUAAAAGUGACGUGUGAGUAUUUGAAGUUUAUAUAGCACUUAUAGGGGGAGGGGGGGGGUGUCUCUUGACAUACGUCUUUCACGUUUUAAUCUGAGUUAAAUGUAUGUAAAUGUAAGCAGUAAUUUGCUCUCACAUGUGAAUGCAUGUUCCUUACCAGAGCAUCUUUCCCAUCGGCCUUAUCAACCACAGGAAGUUAAAUUCAGGAACAUGAUCGUCUGAAUAUUCUGUUCAAGCACCCUACUAGACUAUUAAUUGACGGUAUACUUUAGUAUCAUUAACUGAGUUGAUAACGUAAAUUUACCACCGUAAAUAAUUGAAAAGCUGACGUUUGGAGUGUUAACCAUUCGACUAUCCCUCUUGACGAAGGGCUAACGCUCUCAACGUCAGCUUUUGAACUCUAAACGGUGGUCAAUUUACGUUAGCAACUCAGUAGAUAAUAAUUUAUUAUCCUGUUAUACUCUCCGACCGACACAGCAUUAUAGUCUUUUUAGAAACUUACCCCCUGUAUUAACUUGACGGUAUUUGUCAUCAGGCUUAGAAAAUAACAUAAACUAAUUAUUUUCGUCCCUUUUUCCGGUAGUUGGUCUUUUGGUGUACUUCUUUGGGAAUUGUGCACAAUGGGUGAGUAACAACACCUGAUGCAUCACAGCAAAAGUAUCCAACCUCUUUUGCCUCACCUAUAACGCAUGUUUUUCAGUUAUAGGUUCGUUUCAGCUGCCUAACUGAAUUUUCCUAUUUGUGCUGAACUAUUUUCACUACUACUCAAGUAAUGUUCAUUACUGCGAAGAUUGCUUUCAUAUUCACGUCUUUAUCCGCAAGUUCAAAUAUAUGACUUUCACAUAUUCUCAGUCGUUUAUGCUGGACUGUGUUACAAAUAAAUGUGAGAGAGAGGGGAGGAGGGCAAAAACAAUGAUUCAAUCAACAACCUCCGAAUCCGAGAGGCGUUGGAUUGUGAAAAAAGAGAAAUGGACCUUCCUUUGGGGAAAAAAAGGCUAGAAGCGACCUGGCCGCUAAGAAAUAUGUCAUUUGAUAUUUGACAUCUGCAUUUUCUCAAACCUUUUAUUCACGAGGGGUCUAAGACUUAUCGAAGUUGCUAUAAAAACAAUUUUUCUAGUAACUUUUUUUCCUUCUUCUGAUUUAACUUGCAUCCAAGGUGGCAUCCCUUACCCUGGAAUAAGCAACAGAGAGUUGUUAAGACUUCUUAAGUCAGGAUAUCGAUUGGAAAAACCAGCCAUUUGCUCUGAUGAGCUGUAAGUUUAACAAAUAAUCUUCAAUUGUUCCAUGCAAUUAACCUUAAUUCAACACCAACUAAACCUUUUCGACUGAAGUUUUGCUUUUUGUCUAUUUGACUGAGCGAAUCUCUUUUGAAGUUAUAGGUAAGGUCUGGCUGAGAUAUGUAGUUUAUCAUCAAUGAUAACAGUAAUCUAGAUAAUUCCACUUAGUUGAAUAAUUUUAAAAAAAGGCUGACAAUUGUGACAGAGGAAUUGAGAUCAAUGCUAGAAAAUAUAGUGUACCAGUAUGAGAAACUCUACAUGGAAACAAGGGCCUCACGAAAACAUUGAUUUCAGGGAUAGUUAUUUCAGUGAAUCACAUUGUAUACUUAUCAAGCAAGCUAACAAUAAAAGAAAAGAAAAAGUACCAAGUCUUUUUUUCAAGAACAUUUUGCCAUUGUAACAUCGAGAUGGCCAGAAUAUUCAACAAGAUGUGGUUUUCAAAACAAUUAUUAAGCGUAUUUGGUGAAGACGCCUUUAAAUUGUAAUUUGUUUUAAAGCUCGAGGUGAACUUUAUCAUGUCUGCAUUCUCCUUCCUGUGCUUGGUCGUCAGUGUCUGGUCCAACAGUAAUCACUGAAGACCAUGACUUCCACAUAGCGCCAAUGUCCCCGUUGACACCAGAAUACUUUAUAUCUUAUCAGAUACGAGUUAAUGUUAGACUGUUGGAGGGUAGACCCAGAAGAGAGACCAUCAUUUGAACAGCUGAUAACAAGAAUAGAAGAAAUGAUGACGAGGGACACUCCUUACUUUGAUCUGAAUGAAGACUAUGAAAGCGUUGCCUCUAACACUGAGACGACACCCGAAACUGACCAACCACAUGCCUGA